AUGUUCAUCAAGUCAUUGGUUUGUCUUUUUGCGUUAAUGCAAUUGAUAUCAGCUUCAGCUUUUACAUUCAUUUUAGGAGCCAAUGAAAAAUCAUGUUUUUAUAUUUUUACAGAACAAGAAUCAACUCAAAUAAGAUAUUAUUUUGCAGUACAAAGUGGAGGAUCAUUUGAUGUUGAUUAUGUUAUUACAGAUCCAAAUUCAAAUGUAAUAUAUCAAGAAAAUAAAAAAAGACAUGGAGAUUUUGUUUUCACUGCUCAUUCAAUUGGUGAAUAUGAAUUUUGUUUUUCAAAUACAAUGUCUACUUUUAGUGAAAAAGUAGUUGAUUUUCAAAUAGAAGUUGAAAAUGAAGAUCAAAUUCAAAAUAGAAUUAAAGCAAGUUUACCAGAUCAACCAAAUACAAAACCAUUAGCUCAUGUUGAAAGUAUGAAAUCAACUGUUGAUAAAAUUGAAAGUCAAUUGGAUGGAUUAAGUAAAACUUUACAAUUUUAUAAAACAAGAAAUAAUAGAAAUCAAGCAACUGUUAGAUCAACUGAAUCAAGAAUAUUUUAUUUCUCUAUAUUUGAAGUAUUAUUAAUGGUUGGAAUGGGAUUUUUACAAAUUACUAUUGUUCAAUUAUUUUUCAAAGGUUCGAGAAAACAAUUAGUUUAA